AUGGUCGCCGCACUCGCAUCCCAAGACCGCCCCGGUGACAACGUCGACCUCGAAAUCGGCAUCUCCAUCAUGUACCCCUCCGCGCCCCAAGACUGGGUACUAACCCUAACUCCCCUCUGGCCAACCCGCUCAGAACCGAGAACCGGGAUAGUUGCAGCCAUCCAGAAACUCAGCACAUACUACUACAUCACUCCCAGCGGCACCGCUAACCCACCUGCAGCAGCCCCGUUCACAUCCGUCGCGGUCGUCGACAAGGUCUUUGAGGUGUGGCCGAUCGCGUACACGGUCCCCGUCGCGCGGAUCUCGGCGGCGGAUCGGAAGACGGUUGAUGAGGUUGUCAGGUUGGCUACGCCGAGGAUGUCGCAGAAGUUUGUCAUGGGGAUUAUCAAGGAGUUGGAGAGAUUGAGGGUUGUUCCUGCGGGGACGGCGGAGGAGUGUAGGGAGAGGGUCGAGGUCGAGUAUCUCACCAGGUCGUCGAAUGAGAGUUCCAGGAGGGGAUCCGAGACCUCUAGGAGAGGGUCUCAGGAUGGGACGGGAGAGAAGAAGGGUAAGUAGGAGAGAUCUUGGAGAGGUAAGAGUCCUUCCUUCCUUUGGUUUUUGUUUUUUUCGUCCCUGUUUCGGGUUUUGAACAUCAGAUGCAAUGGAGAGUCUGCUUCAUA